AAAUCGAGAACCACCUUCUUCUCGUUCCCUUGCAUCCCAAGGUACUGCAUAUCGCAUUGCCUCAGUCUUAUUUUGCAGUACCACACUUUCGAGCUUGUACCACGUAGUAGUGCUGGUACCACGUUUUCGAGCUGGCAGUAGUAAUCGCUGCUCAGCCACACGGCACGACUGAGUCUUUCUACUGCAUUUAGAUCGUCCACUGUCCUUGAACAAUGGGGCCUCCUCGCGGUAGAGGUGGCUUCGGCGGCAGGGGCGGCGGAGGCUUCGGCGGAAGGGGCGGUGGCGGAGGCUUCGGCGGAAGGGGUGGCGGCGGAGGUCGCGGUGGUUUUGGCGGGCGUGGCGGGGGACGCGGAGGUGGAAGAGGCGGUGGAAGGGGCCGCGGAGGCGGGAGAGGCGGGGGGCGCGGGGGGAUGAAGGGCGGAGCGAAGGUGGUUGUGGAGCCGCAUCGCCACGAGGGCGUGUUUGUCGCGCGCGGGAAGGAAGAUGCCCUCGUCACCAGGAACAUGGUUACCGGGGAGAGCGUUUAUGGCGAGAAGCGAAUCAGCGUUGAGCUGGAGGAAGGGAACAAGGUGGAGUACCGAGUGUGGAAUCCUUUCCGGUCGAAGCUCGCCGCCGCCAUUCUUGGUGGCGUUGACAACAUCUGGAUUAAACCCGGAUCCCACGUGCUGUACCUCGGUGCUGCCUCUGGAACCACCGUCUCCCACGUCUCCGAUAUUGUUGGCCCGACGGGUAUCGUGUACGCAGUGGAGUUUUCGCACCGGUCGGGUCGCGAUCUCGUGAACAUGGCGAAGCGUCGAACCAACGUCAUUCCCAUCAUCGAGGACGCCAGGCACCCGCAGCGCUAUCGCAUGCUCGUCGGCAUGGUGGAUACGAUCUUCGCUGACGUGGCGCAACCAGAUCAGGCUCGUAUCGUCGCUUUGAACGCGCAUUAUUUCCUGAAGACGGGUGGGCACUUCGUUAUAAGCAUCAAGGCCAACUGUAUCGAUUCUACAGUGCCAGCAGAAGCGGUGUUCGCUAAAGAAGUGGCGAAAUUGCAGCAGGAGCAGUUCAAACCCGCGGAGCAACUUACCCUGGAGCCAUAUGAGCGAGAUCAUGCCUGUGUGGUGGGCGGUUACCGCGUGGCCAAGAAGAAAAAGGAUGGUAAUUAGUUCUUAGUUUCUUUAAUUGAACCUAAAACUGUUAUAUAAUAAACAACUGUUGAACUACUGGUCUGGGAAACGUAGAAUUUUAUAGGCUAAAUAAUUGACAGACUUCAAAUCAUGGGAAGUUGACCACCUUUGGGAACAGUUGUGUAAAAGGAGUACAUUAU